UGCACGCUGGAGGGCAACAUACACAUAGGCGAGGGCACCGUGCUUCAUCCGCGCUGCAAAAUCAUCGCGGAGAAGGGCAGCAUCACUAUCGGCAAGUACAACAUCAUCGAGGAGCACUCCACCAUCGUCAACUCGCAUGAGGACGUGAUGCGGAUCGGCAACUUCAACCUCAUCGAAGUCGGCGCUCAGGUGAACUCCCGACGGAUAGGCGACCGAAACACGAUCGAGAUCCGCUGUUCGUCUCUCAUUCCUCUGCCGGUGCUGGGCGAGGGCACGGUGGUGGGCAACGACUGCGUGGUGGGCACCGGCGUGAAGCUGCCGCCCAACGAUGUCCUGCCCGACUCGGUGGUGGUCCACGCCCCGCGCAACAGCCGGCGAACACUCUCCGAUACCAAGGAGGUCGGAGAGAAGCCCCUCUACCCCACCACCACCAUCUUGGCUCAUAAUAUCAAACUCACCGCCGUGACGUUCACCGUCCACCGCAACGCGGGCGGCCGGCACCACGGCCGCAAGCUGAUCACCGUGACCGUCCACCCCACACCACCACGACGACGACGACGACAAUGA